GUCUGUCUUUCUUGCCUCCUGAGUUUCCUCUUUACACCACUGUGAUUGAAUGUUACCUUCAUUUUUUUUAGCACUUUAUAAUCAUCUGUGGACCUGAAAGAGGAACCAAAACCUUAACAAACACCUGCAGGAAGAGUUGGAGAAAUAAUAGGAAAUUCAACGUCAAAUUCUUGAAAUGAAACUUAAUGUUAGUGUGAGUAAUAGCAGUACUACAGCCAAAAGAUCUGGAUUUGUGUCUCAAAAUCAAACAGUGUUCAUCUUUUCUUUCUAAGCAAGUGACUCAAAUACUGAGUGCAGAUAUGUCUGCUGCCAGUAAUCUGCGAUCUGAAGAUCAGUUUAUGUGCUCCAUCUGUCUGGAUGUGUUCGCUGAUCCAGUCACCACACCAUGUGGACACAACUUCUGUAAGAAGUGUAUCACUCAGCACUGGGAUAGAAAUGUUCCUUGUCAGUGCCCCAUGUGCAAAGAGGCUUUUUACUGUAGACCUCUGUUGAAGGUUAACACUUUGUUCUCUGAGGUGGUUGCUCAGUUCAGACAUGAAACUCAACAGAAAGCCAGGAGGAGCAGCUCAGAGCAACAAGCUGCCAAACCAGGAGAAGUUCCCUGUGACAUCUGCACUGGAACCAGACUGAGGGCCCUGAAGUCCUGCCUGGUGUGUCUGACCUCCUACUGUGAGACACACCUAGAACCUCAUCUGACAAUCAAAGGUCUGAAAAGACAUCAGCUGAUUGAGCCUGUGGAGAACCUGGAAGGCAGGAUGUGUACGAAGCACGAUAAACAUCUGGAGCUGUUCUGUAAGACCGAUCAGACAAGUGUUUGCAUGCUUUGCUCUGUUUUAGACCACAAGACUCAUGAGUUUGUUCCUCUGAGAGAAGAAUCUGAAGAAAAGAAGGCAGAGCUGAGGAAGACAGAUGAUGAAAUUCAGCAAAUGAUCGAGAAGAGACGACAGAAGAUUCAGGAGAUCAAUGAGUCAGUGAAGAUGAGUAAAGAUGCUGCAGACAAACAGAAAACAGAAGGUGUUCAGAUCUUCACUGUUCUGAAAGAGUUUAUUGAGAAAGGCCUGAAGAAGGUCAUAAAGGAGAUAGAAGACAAACAGGAAACAACAGAGAAACAGGCUGAAGAUCUCUGCAAAGAGCUGGAACAGGAAAUCUCUGAGCUGAAGAAGAGGAGCUCUGAGGUGGAGAAGCUAAUAUUGUCUGAAGACCACCUCCACCUUAUUCAAAGCUUCUCAUCUCUGAAAGCUGUUCCAGCUACCAAGGACUGGACUGAGGUCAUCGUCCUUCCACCAACAUAUGAGGGGACUGUGAUGAGGGCUGUGGCUCAGCUGGAGGAGACACUCAGGAUGGAAAUGAAGAAACUGUUUGAGGCUGAGCUGAGGAGGGUCCAGCAGUAUGCUGUGGAUGUGAGUCUUGAUCCUGAUACAGCACAUCCUGAGCUCAUCUUGUCUGAUGAUGGAAAACAAGUGAAUCAUGGAGAUGAAAAGCAGAAUCUUCCAGAAAACCCGGAGAGAUUUUCUUACUGUGUUUGUGUUUUAGGAAAGCAGAGUUUCUCUUCAGGCAGAUUUUACUUUGAGGCUCAAGUUAAAGGAAAGACUGACUGGGAAUUGGGAGUGGCCAGAGAGUCGAUCGACAGGAAGAACAUAAUGACUCUUAGUCCCGAGGAUGGAUUCUGGACUGUAGUGCUGAGAAAUGGAAAUGAGUACAAAGCUCUCGAUGAUCAUGAUGUCUGUCUCUCUCGUCCGUCUGCUCCUGAGAAGGUGGGAGUGUUUGUAGAUUAUGAGGAGGGUGUGGUUUCCUUUUAUGAUGUAGAUGCAGCAGCUCUUAUCUACUCCUUUACUGGCUGCUCCUUCACUGAGAAACUCUACCCAUACUUCAAUCCCUGUAAUAACGACAAUGGCAAAAACUCUGCACCUCUCCUCAUCACUCCCAUUAAUCACACUGAGUAGAAAAAUGAUUUUAUAUGUAAGCAGUCUGUGUUAAGAACACAUUAGUUGGUGACACUGAUUGAUUUGGUCUUCUUUUCUUCUCUGAUUCUGAUUGAUUUCUUUGUGUUUUUAUGUCAUAUUCGUCCUAAAUUGAGCUUAAAGUUUGAGUGAUGCUGAUUUUGACUGAGGCAAAAUAGUCUUAAUUUUUUUUCUAAUUACAAAACAUUUUUAUUCUUUAUUAAAACAUAAAUAGAAGAAUAUGUUUUAUCAAUAUAUAAAUGAAAAAUUGGAUUAUGUGCUGCUUCCCUGUUGAGUAAUUAUCAUCAACUAGGAACACUGGGAUAAGUGCAUCUUGGAUCCAGACAUGCUCAUCCUUUCUCAAACCUCUCCUCACAAAAGACAAGAACAAAAUCAGCAUUAGCUCAGAGAAGGUUAACUAGCUCAGUAUAGCUGAAGUAUGCUGAUUACGGUUUUGUGAUUUUUACUAUUUGAUUUUGGUUUUGCUUUGUUCUCGCUAAAUUGCUUUAAUAAAAUUUC